UGAGCUCAUCGCCCGGCGCCGCCGAUCCGGGAGCUGGGCCCCGGUGAGUGCGUGCGGGGCGGCGGGCCCGGGGCGGCGGGUUGGCCGUGCCCGCGGAUGUGGGCUGAGCUCCUGGCUGUGCCCCGCAGGGCCGGGCUGCGGCUGCUGCACGGGCGGCGGCACGGCGGGAGCGGCGCCAUGAGGCUGCAGGCGCCGCAGUUCCAGGCGCUCUUCACGCCGGGGCUGCGCAGCGUGGCCGAACUGUUUGAGAAGAAGAACUAUGAGCUGAGAAUAGCAGGGGGGGCCGUGCGGGAUUUGCUGAGCGGAGUGACACCACAAGACAUCGAUUUUGCCACCACAGCCACUCCAGCAGAGAUGAAGGAAAUGUUCACAGCAGCUGGGGUUCGUCUGAUCAAUAACAAAGGAGAAAAACACGGAACCAUCACUGCCAGGCUCCAUGAACAGAAUUUUGAAAUUACCACUCUCCGAAUAGAUGUCGUCACCGAUGGACGGCACGCAGAGGUGGAGUUCACCACAGACUGGCACAAGGAUGCUGAGAGGAGGGACCUCACUGUCAACUCCAUGUUUUUAGGUUUGGAUGGGACGCUCUACGAUUUCUUUAAUGGCUAUGAAGACUUGGAAAACAAGAAAAUCAGAUUUGUGGGGAAGGCAGCUGAGAGAAUACAAGAAGAUUAUUUAAGAAUCCUGAGGUACUUCAGAUUUUAUGGAAGAAUUGCAGAGAAACCUGGAGAUCAUGAACCUAAUACACUGCAAGCAAUUAAAGAAAAUGCCAAAGGCUUGGCUGGAAUAUCAGGAGAAAGGAUUUGGGUGGAACUGAAAAAAAUUCUUCUUGGAAACCAUGUCAAUCAUUUGGUUCAGCUUAUGUAUGAGCUGGAUAUUGCCCAGUACAUAGGGCUACCACUUGAUGGGAAUUCAGAGGAAUUUGCCAGAGUCAGUAAAAACAUCCAAAAUCUCUCUCCAAAACCCAUGACUGUCCUGACAUCCUUGUUCAAGGGGAAGGAUGAUGUCACAAACCUGGACCUGAGGCUGAAAAUCUCCAAGGAAGAAAAAAACCUUGGCCUUUUCUUGGUGAAGCACAGGCAGGAGUUAACCAAAGGCCCGGGGCCAGAACCACUUAGACCAUACCAGGACUUCCUGAUGGAUUCUAGGGAAGCUAACACCAGCUCCAAGAUCUUUGAGCUCCUGAAGUACCAAGGAGAGGAACAGCUUUUGAAAGAAAUGCAGGAAUGGACUGUGCCCUCUUUCCCUGUGAGUGGCCACGACCUCAGGAAGAUGGGGGUGUCCUCUGGGAAGGAAAUUGGGACAGCACUGCAGCAGCUGAGGGAUGAGUGGAAAAAGAGUGGAUACCACAUGGAUAAAGAGGAACUGCUGAGCUGCCUGAAGAAGCUGUAAAGUGAAUAAUAACAGAACUGUGUGUGCCCUGAUCCGAGAGGAACUGAGCUCCAGGAAACUGAGCCUCUCACAGCCAACUGAGCAUUUGUCACAUUUAACAUUUUCAUUACUAAUUCCUAACUUCUGCAAGGAGAGGUUUCAUUUUGUAAUAAUGUAAAACAUUCUUUGCCAAAUCCCACCUUUUCAACCUCUCUCUGCUGUUCUUAGUGAUAAAUAUUUACUAUUUUAUCAUGACUUAGGGCAUGAGAGGUGAUGGCAAGAUUUUUCUCCUUCUGACUGUCUAUAUCCAAAAGAAAAAAUCCCAAAAUCCCCCCAAAAAAGGUUAUUUGCAUUCUCUAGAUCAAAUCAUGGAGGGGUUUUUAUGUGCCUAGGAGAAUGUGUGGAAAUAAUGGGCUCUACCUGAACUCUUCUUGUACUUACAGCUGGAUAACAGAUGGAAAUACUCACUCCAGCAGUUCCCAACAGCCUUGGCAUGGAAAACCAGGCUGUUUUCUAGGACUAUUUUUAUUUUCCAGAAUUCCAGAAUCAGUUUUAGGUUAAAAGGAUGACCUGGCUGAGAGAGUAUCAUGAAUUUUCAGUAGUUUUUCAGUAACUUAUCACUGAGCAAACUAAAUCCACAGCAAACUGGUGAAGGUUCUACAUUGUAUUUUCAACUUCAGGUGUGAGACAAACUAUUAAUGUUAAUUAACAUUAACAAGGGGAGAUGCAGCUCCUUGUCUUGGGAAUUUGGGGAUUUGGAGCAGAGCUAUUCCUGGUUGUUAUGAAUGUCUUCUUACUCCUGGGGUUUUUGGUGUGCUGUUAAAAAGUCCCUGGGAGCAGCUCUUGUGUGUAGAAAUCUUACUGCAGGUUGAAGUUUUUUCCUACAGAACCAUGGUAAUGAAUAAAAUCCUUUGGAUUUCA